AUGCCUCGGGUGUCGUUCGCCCCUCCCUCGCUGUGCGUCACCUUCCUCCUUCUGCUGGCCCGCCUCCUCCCCUCCCUCCCCCCCACCGUCCGAGACGUGGACGUCCCCCCGUUGUUUCGGGAGCGGUUCAUCCUGUCUGGGUACCGCCCCGUGGGCCUCUCGUGGCGCUCGUACGUCCUCAGCCUCUUCCAGAUCCACAACGAGACCCUGAACGUGUGGAGCCACCUGCUGGCCGCCGUCUGCGUGGUGACGAGGUUCCUGGCGUUCACCGGUCCUGAGGGUCAGGGGUUUUCUGUGGACGUCUCCUCGCUGCCUCUGGUCCUCUACGUUGUCUCUGCCAUCACAUACCUGAGCUGCAGUGCUGCGGCCCACCUGCUGCAGUCCCACUCGGAGGAGGCGCAUUACUCGCUGUUCUUCCUGGACUACGUGGGCGUGGCCGUCUACCAGUACGGCUGCGCUCUGGCUCUGUGCCUGUACAGCUCCGACGCCGCCUGGACACAACGUUUCUGGCAGAUCUUCCUCCCGGCCGCCGCCCUCCUCGCCUGGUUCUCCUGCGCCGCCUCCUGUUACGCCAAGCUUCGUUUCCGGAGGCCGUACCCGCUGCACAGGAAGCUCUGCCAGGUGGUGCCGAUGGGCGUGGCCUACCUGCUGGACAUCAGCCCCAUCGCCCACCGUCUGUCCACCUGCAGCUGGACCGGCAACCCCGCACUGCCGCUGCACUUCCUGCAGGUGGUGCUGUUUCUGCUGUCGGCCUUCUUCUUCUCCUGUCCCAUACCUGAGCGCUUCUCCCCGGGCAGCUUCGACCUCUUUGGCCACGCCCACCAGCUCUUCCACGUCCUGCUGUCCUUCUGCACGCUCGCCCAGCAGGAGGCGCUGUUCCAGGACUUCCUGUGGCGGCGGCCGGCGCUGGUCAGGGAGUUCGGAGAGGAGCGCCUCCUGCUGGCCUGCGCCUCCUUCCCCUGCCUGACGCUCUGCUGCACGAUGACGGCACUCGCCAUGAGGAGGCGGGCUCGAGCUCAGCUGCUCAAAGAGCAAACAUAGAAGAAGAAGA